AUGCCGCGGAAACUCAAGUUUCACGAACAGAAGCUGCUCAAGAAGCACGACUUCAUCAACUACAAACAAGACAACAACCACCGAGACCACGAUGUCGCGAGACGGUACAUGAUUCAAAAACCAGAGGACUAUCACAAGUACAACAGGAUAUGUGGUUCUCUCCGGCAAUUAGCACACCGCCUCAGCCUACUCCCCCCAGAAAGCGAGGUGCGGAGGAAACAUGAGGUCCUGCUUCUGGACAAGCUCUACGACAUGGGCAUCCUCUCGAGCAAAUCCAAGCUGUCCCAAGUCGAGCACAACGUCACAGUAUCCGCGUUCGCGCGGCGGCGGUUGCCGGUGGUUAUGACACGACUGCGCAUGGCCGAGACCGUCCAGGCGGCGACAAAGAUGAUCGAGCAGGGCCACGUCCGGGUGGGCGUCGAAGAGGUCCGGGACCCGGCGUUCCUUGUGACGAGGAGCAUGGAGGACUUUGUCACAUGGACUGUGGGGAGCAAGAUCAAGCAGAAUAUCAUGAAGUAUCGGGAUAAGGUUGAUGAUUUUGAGCUGCUUUAG